AUGAGUCAUAACAGUGGAGGGAAAAUAGCUAUUUCUAACGAAGCGCUUCAAAUAGGUGCUUUGUUUCAGUUAAAUGACGUCGAGCGGGAAUUCUUCAAUUCACUUGUGGCACACUUAAUGAUCUUCGAUGAGUAUCACUCCGAAAAACAAAAAUCAUACUCAAAAGACAUCGAAUACAUCCUGCGAUGCGCAACGAAUGAUCUGGCUUCUUCCAAACAUCAAAAUCGAUCACUACAACGCUUUGACGCUUAUUUAUAUAUCUAUCGUCGAAUUGAAAGAUAUAUGAAUAGCAAUGAGAACAAAAAUUAUCCGCAAUUAUUGCACGAAUUCAAGAAUAGUUUACUACGCGAAUUAGUUUGCUUAUUCAAGGAAACUAGAGGUGAAGAACCAAAUCUUAUUAUUGACGACCGAGAACCGUUGUCGACAAUGAAUAUUCCUCAACAUCUUUCAUGUUUUACCAGUCUCAAUGACAUAGACACAUUGAGACAAUUCCUUCUGCUUUGCAAACUGUCGAUGCAAGCGACUAGAUGCCUGAUAGCAAAUGAUUAUCGCCCUCAAUGGAUUGAUAUAUUAUCGAAAAUAAAAGAGAUUAAAAUACAUCUCGAAAAUUUCAUUCAUAUGUAUCUCAUAUACGAGAAAGCAUUUGAACAAUUUCCAAUUGAUGAACCGACUUUGAUCUACCUCAUCCAACGAUUUCAAGUCGUGAAUCGCCAGAAUGAAUCAUUAUUCAUGGUGUAUAUCAAGUAUUGUUCUCAUUUGAAGCUUGAUACAAGAUCAUUUCUAACUAAAUUUCAAUCGAUGUUUUUACAAAUAAUCGAGCACAAUCAAGUUGAAAUGACGAAUAUUAUCUGGUUUUUAUGUUUCAUAGACACUGUUGAUCAGCAAUUAUUUGAGACUUAUUUCACCAGCUAUUCCUAUACUCUUGAGGUUGACGGGCUGUGGAAGUUGUUUUUCAAACUCACAAGUUUAAACAUCAUUCGUCAUUCUCUUAUGGGUGCUGUGCUAACAAGAUUAAACGAGAAGAUUCUCGCAUUGUCUGUCUUAACAUUUUGCGAUCAUCUUCGAACGGCACAAAGUUAUCGGACAACAAUUAAAAAAGAAUCACUUUCAAGUUUUGAUGCAAUAUGUGAACUACUUUUGGAUAAUUUUAUAAACAAACAGAUCCACAAUCCAAACUAUUCGUAUCAAUUCACUCAACAAGGUCUAACCAAUUUGUUACAAUUUUCCAUAAUAUUUUCGUCACCUGGAAAGCUUCAUAAUACUUCAUUGAUUCUUCUUCGUCGACUUCUAUUCAAUUUCGACGAUCAACAACGACUUCAUGCGCAAAAACUUCGAGCCCUGUUUGAUAAUCUCAAUCAUCUUGAUGUGAAUCAGCUCCAACAGUAUAAUUUCGAAGAAAUCAUCAAAGAUGACUGGCUUAGAGAUGUUGUCAACAGCAAUCUUCAGAUUUGGCUCAAAUUAGACCGAAACUCUUACCAAUACCUAUGUGACAAUCAUCGAAAUAAUCCAUGGAUUAUUCAUAUUUGGUCAAGAAUUUUGAAUAUAAGUUUCUCUAAAAUGAUAAAUAUCGAUUCCAAUCAAAUCCUAGCAAAAAUCGAUGACUGGUUGAAAACAGUGCAACAUAAUGUUCCUGUUGCAGACGAUAUUCUUACUAAUAUGUUAGUCUAUCAAUUAUGUGAUAUCUUUCUGUUUAGAACUACUCGUUCAAUACUUUCAUUACCAAGGAUUUCGGUAAUUAUCGAUUUUAUCAUAGCGAUUGCCGAGCGCGAAGAUUCAUCAGAUAAAUACGAUAUCACAGCACUCAAUGUUUUUGUUACAAGUGCUCAAAAUGUUCUAACCGAAAUUCUACAUUUAAAAACGAUUGCCGAGCGCGAAGAUUCAUCAGAUAAAUACGAUAUCACAGCACUCAAUGUUUUUGUUACAAGUGCUCAAAAUGUUCUAACCGAAAUUCUACAUUUAAAAAGUAAAUGUUUUGUGUAUCGUGAUCUAUUAACUGGUUCAAUUAUUGAUUGUUUUUUGUCAUCAAUAAAUCUACAAGCUAUUGUUAAGCAAAACGACUCCGAACAUUAUUGUUUUCCUUUAAUAACAGAACAGAUCGAUGCUAUUGUUGGUUUGCCUAAGUCAAACAUCAUUGAUGUGAAUAGCUUUCAAUCACCCAAGGACUUUUAUGAUAAAUUUCUUCCAACAGUUAUUCAGUGGUUGGAUUGGUCCGAUCGAUUCGUCGAUAUUUUUCAAUACAUUGUUGCUUGGUUGAAAAAUCACAAUGUUCAACGUUCAAAUCAGAUUCUCAUCGAUCUCUUACGUAUUCGCGAUGAUCAGCAAAUGACGUUAUUCGAUAUACGAGCAGUUAUCGAACGAACCUCAAAGCUUCUUCAGCCAUUCAAAGACUUACGACGUCUUUGUCAUUUAUUCAACUGUUUGAUUUCAUUCGAAAAUGUCAAUCCUGGUGCAUUAAAUAAACAAGAAGAUGUCAAAAAAUUCCUCUUGGACAUGAAACGUUUCCAACCAAACAAUUCGUUUACUGUUGAUGCUCAAAGAAGACAUGAGCAAAUCAUUGUCAUUGGGGAACGUCAACAAAUUCAAUGGAACGUAGUCAGUGAAGGUCACUCAUGUGAUGUUCAUGUUGAAUAUCGACCAAAUGGAACAAAUAUGCAUUAUGAAACUUUAUAUCGACAAGAUAAUGCAUCUAUACAUACAAAUAUUCUUCAAGGCACUUUUGAAACGCAGCGCAGUGGUCAUAUGAUUAUCACCAUUGAUAAUACUCAGAGUCGUGACUCGCGAACGAUUUGGUAUCGAAUAAAGUCUGUGGGCUUAUCGAUUUGUCAGUUAUUUCACGGUAUUUUCAAUAUGUUACACAAGAAAUACUACAGCGAUGCAUUGAAAAACGUAUCUGAACAGGAAAUGAGUCGUUUACUUGAGACUACCUUUCAAUUCAUCGAUAAACUUCUUAGUGGUGAUUUGAAACUCGAUGAAAUGACAGAAUUAAGCUCGAUUUUUUAUGACAAGAACAUCAACAUGCGUGAAGAAGUGAGCAAACUCUUCCAUAAUCGCUUUAGUCAAGAAACGAACAGAGACAAUAUCGAACAAGUUUGCGAGUGGCUGCAAAUCUAUCAAUACUACAGUCACUUGAAUGUUAUUAUGGAAUGUAUCGAAAGAUUUGAUCUCUUGCCAAAAGAUAACGAAGAAGAAACAAUUGGACAUUUGAAACGCUUGCGUGGAAAUGAAAAUUGUUCGUUAAAAGACAUAACUCAAGCGUAUCGAAUUCUUCAAGAACGAUUUCAAGAUUUAACACAUCAACAUCUACAAUUAAUAAAAACUGUCGUGAAAUGUUCACCAGUUAUUCAAACAAUGCGAGCAGCAGAUCUCUAUUCUCUUCAUGGUCAACGUCGUUUUCAAGAACUUCGCGAUAAUUUAACAACACAAUUUCAAUUGCAAGAAUUUAAUAAUACUAUUCUUAAUUCAUGGAUUGUUACUUAUAAAUUAAUCAAACCAUUCAUUAAUAAAGCAAAUAAUUUCAACGAAUUUAUCACUCGUCUGGCUGAGUCAUCAAAUCUCGAAGAAAGUUCUCUUAAUCACAUUAAAGUGGUCAAUGACAAUUUACAGUUGAUAACUAUGUGGCUGUCCACAAAAGAAACGUCAGUUUUAGAUAAUGCACUAAUCAUGAUGGUACAUCUGUAUAAGAAUGCUACUGUUCAUAUUACUCUGCAAGAACUUGUACGAAAACCGUCGUUCUAUGAAAUCCAUUAUUCAAUUGAUCAAACAUAUCGUGGAGAAGUUCAACAAGAUCAACCAAUAGAACAACAAGUGAAGAAAAUUGACUUGAUUCUAUCCAUGUCUGAUAUCGAGAAUCACAAACGACAAUUAACAUUUUGUAAUGUUGAUACUCAACAAAAUCUGAUCUAUAAGAAAGCUUUAAUCAAUGGACAAUUGAAAUUAUUGAAAGCAAUGGAUCAUAUUUAUCAAAUUCUGCUCAAAUUAGAAUUAGCUGGUCAUCCAGAUUAUCAACUUCAUCAGAAAGAAUACGAAAUUGAUCUUCAAGAAGUACAAAUCAGUUCGAUGUCCAAUGAUCUUCGAAAUCAUCAAAAUGCUCGAAUUUGCAAUGCAAUUGAGAAUCGAAUACGAAAUUUAGAAUCGAUUUGUAGUUUGUUUCAACAGAAAUAUGACGGAUGGAUAAAAAAUUUGGAAAAAUCCCGUCGUGAGUGCCCGUUUUUACAAUUGUAUUCCAAUCGUCAGAUAAUGGUUCUGAUUCUUUUACUUCGCAAACCCGAUGAGCUUCAUUCGGUUCGAAAUCGUUUCUUGAAAAAUUUGUUUACAAGUAAAAAUCUAACUGAUCAAAAGGAAGAAGAGCACAAAUUGACCAUCCAUUGUCUUCAACAUUACUUACGUUCAUUACGAAUCAAAGGAGUCAAUCUAUCGAACGAACAUUUGAACGAACUUCAUCAAAAGUAUCAGAUUGAACAAGGAUUGGAUACCGAGAAUCCUUUAAGUAAACUAUCGAAAUUCCUUUGUGAACUAUUCGAAAACAACAUGCAAUUGUUCCGUCACCACGACAAUCUUCAACACAAUAAGCAACAAUUUCAUGUCAAACUUCCACGUUUGCUUACCAAUUCCAGCCAAGUCUCGUUGGCACAUGACUUCGAUUUGAGUACAUGUUGUAUCUUGUUAAACAUUUUUCAAAAUCAAUUACCUGCACCGUAUCAAAUUCUCUGGUGUUCGAAUGCAACAAAAGAAGAUAUCGAACUAUUCUUCACUCGUAUACGAACAUUUCCAUCGUUGAUCUUCGCUAUUAUGAAUAUUGACAAAAUGCAUCAUAAUCUAAGGGAAAUUGUUCUGCAACAACAAGACCAAUUGGCACAGGAAUCAAGUCAACAUGGUCGUGUUUAUUUUUUCUCGAGAGACUUGACCACCAAUCGAAAAGGUUUAUAUCCAUAUGCGAUUCCCGAUCAAUAUAAAGAUCCCCAACAAGCUCAUCAACAUCUAAUGGAACUUUUUUCUCAAUGUCAAUUGAAUCCAUUGAAUAUUCAAAUUAUCUACGGCAAAGCUGGAAUAGGCAAAACUCAUCAAAUCAACACGCGUAUCAAGACCGAUCAAACAUCUUCGUUUAGUAUCAAUGAUCAACUGAAUCUUUCUUCACUGAUAAGUUCAUUUCUUCUAUUCGAUGUGAAUAUAAGUGACAAUGGCCCGUCGAUAUUCUUCAAUAUUUCAAUUCACGCCCCAUUUGAGGAUCUAAAUCGGACGUUAUUUUCACUAUUCAUAAGUGGUUGUCUAUCUGAUCCAGCUAGUGGUUUGAUUUUCUCUUUGUCGGAUUCAAAACCGUGGAAAUUUAUCAUUGAAGUUCCUUAUUCGAAUAAUUCUCGUGUCGAUGUUCGCGAGAAUCUUAAUGAAAUCCUUCCAAUUCUCGCCGUUGUUUCUCCUACGACACUAGAAGAAGUAACCGAUGAAAAUUAUCAGCUAUCCAUUGGAAACGAAGAAGAACUUGUUGCACGCUUUUUCAAAGCUUUCAGCGAUGGAAAAAUCGACCAGUUACUCGCUCAACAAGAUGAAAAUGGACCGGGAAUAACAUUCGAGAAGGUCGCAGACAAAAAUCAAUGUCGACAGCAGAUUUCCAAUUGUAUCAAACAAUAUGCGCCGAAAUUAGCAAGAAACAAAAUAUACGAAUUGUCAUUCGUCAAAUUUCUGUAUCGCCGUUUUCGAUUUUUCGAAGGUCCACACUAUCGUUUUAAUCAAUGUGUUAACAAAUUAGGAUCAACAGCGAUACAACAAAUGAUCAAAGAAGCGAUCACUUUGACGGAGAUCGACUUCAGUGAUGCUCAUUAUCCACGCGUUUAUUUCGUUUACGAUCCCGGAUUUGCUCUGCGUUUACUACAUGUUGAUUGGAAUCAAGUAUCAUCAGAUAUCAAAACACUUUUCAACAAUCGAGACCCAUUGAAAUCAGAGUAUUUUGUUGGUAAAGAUUACUAUGCCGAAUGUUUAGCUUGGUUAAUCGACAUCAAAUACGAAAAUUUUAUGAAAAUUAUUCAGGAAACAAAAUUUAUUUUAACCGAUAGUUUCGCCUAUAAAUUAUUUCACAUUCAUGAGAGAAAAUUAACAAAAUUACCAUUGAUUAUCGAGGGAGACACAGGUGUUGGAAAAACAUUUCUGCUUCAAUUCUAUUCGAAGUUAUUGAAUUCUACAGCAACCAGUGAUGUCAAUCAAAAGCAUAUCUAUCCGCAAAUCAUCGAUAGUGUCAGUCAGUUUUUGCGCGAAACUAUUGAGACAAGGGUUGAAAAUCAAACGAAUCUUCUCAAUUCGUUUCUUCAACAGAUCAAACCGAAAGUUUUAGGUUUGGAUGUGAAUGAAGGCAAUUUCAACGAACCAAUGAUGGCUUUAGCUGCCGCACAACCAGUUGCUGCUGCAGCGGAAAACAUUCUGCCAACAGACGAUGUCUUCCUACGUGAAUUGAAAAUUUCUUUAGGAGAAAAUAAGUAUGACAAGAAAAUUUUGUAUCAAAUAUGGAAAACACUUCUCCAGGUUUGUGAUCAGUUAACAAUGCCUCUCACCAACGAUUUGAUUGGACAGAUGCGUGAUUAUAUUUGUGAAGAACUUAGCCGUUAUCCAUUGUUGAAGGCGAGUAAACGUUUAGACGAAUUACGCGGCGAAAUAACAUCGCCCACAAGUGAAGUGUCGAUCGAUCUCUUCAAAGAAUAUCUGUACAAUACACAAAUCAAAGACUUAUUUUAUCGUCUUCUUCUUCAUCCUGGUAUUAGUGAAGAACAGGUAGUCGAAUUCGUGUUUCCGAUAAUAGAGCUGGCCCGUCAGUUAUCAAAAAUUGAGAUUGUCGUCUUUUUCGAUGAACUUAAUACAUCGUCGUGUCUUGGUCUUUUCAAAGAAAUGUUUAUGGAUGGAACUUUACAUGGAACAACAAUACCAAAGAACAUCUUCUUCACUGCUGCCAUCAAUCCAUAUAUGAAAACAGAAGAGACUAGAACUCGACUUCAUCGCAAUGAUUUUAUUGUUCAUGAUUUGCCUCAAUCGUUAAAAGAUUUAAAAGUUGCUUACGGCGCACUUGAAUCACGAACAUUAGCAGACUAUAUCGUACGGAAAAUCGCGAUGUUUCAAAGCACGUCUUCAGGAAGAAAUGGCAGAGCUAUGCUUUUAGAUGAUUACGUUCAAGACACAUUGGCUGACUCGAUUUUGAAAGCGCAAGAUUUCUGUGAAAAGAAUCUCGGACGUAAUAUUGUUUCUCAACGUGAAAUUCAACGUUGUUUCACUUUGAUCGAAUUUUUCUGGAAUUUGAGAUACGACGAUGAACUUCUUUGCAAUCAACGAACAUUCGAUCCUAAUCCAAUCAAAUGCAUUGCAUUGGCUAUCGCAUUGAUAUACUAUUUUCGACUUCCAACUAAAGAUCAUAAUGUUCAACGUCGAAAUAUGGAGGUGCCGUCACCAUCACGAGAACAAUUGGCUGAACUUCUCAAUGAAACGAUACCGGAUUUUGAAGAAGUCAUUCAAACUGAAUUAUACCGUUUUGUAAAUACAGAUAAUUUUGUCAUUCCAAAAGGCGUAGCCAUUAAUCAAGCAGUGCGCGAACAUAUUUUUGCUAUUGUCGUCAGUCUUAUUACGAGAACACCUCUGUGUAUCAUCGGCAUUCCUGGUCAGUCGAAAACUUUAUCUUUUCAGAUCGUUCUUCAAAACCUGCAAGGUGCUCAAUUAUCGAGUAAACCAUUUUGUAAACGUCUUCCAGCAUUCGAUGCAUUUUACUGUCUUGGUUCAAAAUACACACGAUCAGAAGAUAUUGCUUCUAUUUUCGAUCGUGCCAUCAGACGUGAACAAGAAUAUGAACAAAAUCAGAUGAACAUGCGUUGUGUUGUUUUCUUAGAUGAAGCUUCACUGCCUGAUGAGAAGAAAAUGGUUAUGAAAGUUUUGCAUCCAUAUUUAGAUGACUGUAAAGUGGCUUUUGUUGCCGUGGCCAAUCACCCUUUCGAUGCGGCCAAUGCCAAUCGAAUGAUUUGUAUUCAACGAUCAUUACCUUCGGAGGUAGAUCAGAAAAUUUUAGCUUACGGUUGUUUGGGACUCCAACUGUCACAGAAGCAAGCGACUGCUACCAAUCGUCUUGAUAAAAUCAUCUCUGGUUUAUGUCAAGGCUAUCGACAAAUACUUAGUUCACCUGACAUUCCACAUAUUUUUCACGAUCGUGAUUUUAUCUAUAUGCUCAGAGAACUACGCUUUGAAUUGACGAAUAUAAAUCAAACGGAAGAAGUUACCGUCGGAGAAAUUACACCAGGAAGUUUGUUACGCGCCCUUGAAGACAAUUUCCACGGCGUGCGAGUGGAAGAAUUCAACAAAUUGGUGGAUAUCUUUGCAGAAUCGAUCGGACAAUACUGUCCAGAAUUUCGCACGCUAAUCAACGAUAAACAUCUGAUUGAACGAAAUAUUCCGAUCAUUCUUCGUAAUUCUAUGAAACUCGAUCCAGUACGUCGUCGUCUCUAUGGUCGAUAUAAAUUGAUUAUCGACGAGUCGGAAGAUGAAAGUGCCAUUCGUCUUCUAUAUCAAACCGGAAUUAUCGAUACAGAUCCUCAGCAGACAACUGUUUUUCGUAUGUCCGACUUUGAUGAAGAUUUAAAAAAUGACCUACGAAAUGUGGAAAUCUUAUCAACAAUUAAACUUUGCAUGGAAACAGGAAAGACGAUUCUUAUGGUGAACACUGGUCGUAUCCAUGGAUCUUUGUACGACGUUUUCAAUCAGAAUUUUUCGAUUAUGGCUACUGAUGAAAGUCGAAAGAUUUUUUCCAAAGUUGCCAUUGGCCCAAAAACGAUUGAUGUCGUCGUUCAUGAAAACUUUCAAUGUAUUGUUCAUAUCAAACGAAGCGAAUUCCAGGAUAUUCCAGCUCCGUUUCUGAGUCGAUUUCAAAAGUAUUCAUUGAGCGCCGCUGAUUUCUAUUCUAUUCAAGUUAAAGAACUUCCAGUUGACGAACAAAAUCUGAUGCGGAAAGUCGAAAGUAUAGCUCAAUCUUUUGUUAAGCAUUUCGGACAAGAAUACUUCUAUGGAUUCAACGACAACACAUUCUAUUCGACUCUCUUAUCGUUUAUCACACGUAGUCAAGAAGGUGAAUGCUAUUUAUCAAAUAUGAACGACAAUUACAAUCAGUUAAGUAUUCAGUCAAAACUAUCUAUUGAACAAAGCAGUAAUGAUAAGCAACAGUGUCUUCUCUAUGGUAUCCUUUCUAAGUUCUUACAAUUGGCUUCACCUGAGUCGAUGAUUUUCAAGUUACCAACAUUGGAGAAUGAUAUCGCUCAAGUCUUUUGUCGAAAUUAUUUUUAUCAACAAGAACAUUUCAAUAUAGAAACCUUUCUCAUUCGAUUCGUUUCACCACCCAUCAUUCCUAUUGAUAAUGAUGAGUUACUGAAGAUGGAUAAUGCAGUCGCUCAACCGACCAAUACGAUCUGCAUGGUAAGAAAAUUGAUGCUAUUCACUCGAACAUCGUCAUUUAUUCUACGACUAAGCAAACAAUCGAUGAAUGAAUUAUUCAAUCAUGAUGUUAACGAUGACAUGAUGAACAGCAUUACAAGCGACAAGAUCGAUAUGAUCAAUCUAUCAACGAUUCAAAGUUCUAACGACUUGCACGAACAAUUCGAACAGUUUGAGAAUGUGACAAACAAAUCGGUUCUCUUGAUUAUCAUUGAUGGUCGAAUUAAUCAUCAACGUAUUCACAUUCCCUACGUUCGGCAAUUAGUUGAUCAAAGUGAAAGCAUCUGUAAUAAAUCCAAUGAACAACCAACAAAAUUUUAUGUUCUUCUCAUUCAUAAUACUGGUCAAGAAUUGAAUCAUCAAUCUUGUUUCCCGGCCAUGUUUUUGCACCACUGGGAUUGUUGGUAUCUGGACACGUCUACUCCAGGCAAUGCAUUUCAUUUGCAAAAAAUGUUACAAGUUUUCACAUCAAAAUUCGUACGAGUUCAACAGCAGAUCACUUUUCAGGACGAGUUUUACGUUUUGAAUGCUCUUUUUGAUGAUUGCCUUUUGGAAUUCUGUUCCCGUGCACAAGUGGGUAUUCGUGAACUUCCCAAAGGUAUGUUUCAUAAUGGAUAUGCUUACGAGUUCUACCGACGUCAGACAUCAAUCGAUCAGCGUCUUCAAUGUUUAAAGAGCAUAUUUCGAGAAGUCAAUCAUUUACAGAAACAUCUCUUGACGAUUUUUCAUGAGAACAUCUCCAUGAAAGAUAGAUCUUUACAGAAGAAUUGUAAUAUUAUCCACGAUAUUGCCAAAGAUACAUUGUGCGGAAAAAACUUUCGCGGGCUCGUCGACUCCUUGCAGUCAAACAUGCGAGUGUCAUUCACUAAUUUCAUAUCUUAUAUGUUAAAAUACCUCAUCGAUGAUUAUGGGUUAGAAACUCUCACGAAGCUGUCUGAUCGCAACAGUGAAUUCAAUAAACUGCUCGAACUGGUCGACUACUCUUCGUAUAGCACCAAUGUCGAUCAAUCUUCUUCGAUUGAUCAAGGUCCCAUUCGACUGAAUGACCAUUAUUCUUGUAUCCUUCAAACACCACUAUUCCAUCUACUUCGUCAACGAAUUAGAAAUUUAGCCGGCGUUAUCAAAUCAAAGAUAGUUCAACCAUAUAAUCGAUAUGAAGAUGAUGGCAAUAUUCUUCGAGAUGACUAUUACAAUGCGCCAGAUGAGAAUGCUGCCAAUGACGAAAAUGAAAUUGAUCAAUACCAUCAGCGUGAUCUUCUUUCUAUAUAUACAGCAUGUCGAAUCAUGGAGAAUCUUGAUAUUGAUCAAUCGUUCUACGAAAAUCUCUUAUCGGAUGAAGACAAAGAACGUAGCCAAAUACGUGAAAUUCUAUACGAAUCGAUGUUUCGCCGUUUAUGGAUACGUCUAAAUGAUCUAUGUCGAAAUAAUAACGAUUAUAAACAAUGGCUCCAAAGUUAUACAUUAAUCUCGAAGUACUAUCCGUCCGAACGAGUGCUUAAGCGAAUGGAAUUCGUGAAGAUGAAAGCACAGAUUGAUUUCAUGAAUUUAUCAUACUUCAUUCUUUUGAAUCAAAAGACGCCUCAACCAACUGAACUUGUACAACGGUUACUCACUGAUACUGGUUUGACUGAUAAUAAUGCUGAUAGUUCGAUCUGUUUACAAUACGUCCCGCUUAUUAUUCGAACUAUUGAUCGAUAUUUUGAAGAACACGCAGCCAGCAAUGCGACAUUAUUGAUCGAUAUUCAACAGUGGAUUAUCAUGACGUUGAAAGGAUCCGAUAGAUCGUCACAGCAAGAGGUGAACGCUUUAUUGAAAUUUCUUUGUCAACCAACUUGUCAUCUAUCACUACCGAUGAAACAGUUUAUCUUCGAUGAGCUCAUGAAUAUUUCUGUAGAAAAUAGCCGUCAAAAUCGAUUGCAUGAUCAACGGCAAUUUAAACAUUUCUGGGAUCGUCUCUCACUGCUAACACUAAUCAUGAAUUGUGUUGAUGAUGAACAUCUUAACCAGUAUCAACUACCAUCUCAUCCAUCGAUGAUCAGCGAUGAAAAUCAAAGUCAAAUCUUGCUCGAUCUCUUCUUUUUUCAUCUUCGACGAUUAGCCAGCGAUGAAAUUCCUCAACUCGAUUCGAUCCAUAAAAUCAUGUUCUCUAGCGUGCCUAGAGUAAAUGAUGCUCGACACGAUCCCAUCGUCGAGAAAAUUUUCACUGAUCUCAAAGAAUACUUUACUCUCCGGAGUACAGCUUUACUUCUUUCGCAACCAGAUAUUGACAAUUUAGACGAACAAAGAAUGAACAAUACUCUAAAUAACGUAAUUAAUAAGUAUUUAACUAUCAACCCUCCUGUGACACAAUUGAGCAAAAGUCUGGAAGUCUUUUGUGGAACAAUUAUUCAAAAACGAUCAUGGAAUUUCCUCCUCAGUUUAUUGAAAUCUGAACGUAUUCAGCGUCUUAAUGCUCCCUGGGCUGAUACUUUGCACAGUCUAUUCGAGUCGAAUGAAAACCUUUCGCACAAGAGAUGUUUCCAACAUUGUCAUCAGUUACAUUUUGUAUUAACACCAGACACUUCAUCAUCAAUCUUUCCGACGUUGCAUCAACCUUACCAAGAAAUCAAGCAGUUGUUAGCUGAAUGCGUUACAAACAACGAUCUUGAUCAACGUUGGAUACCUUUGACUGAUUGGAUCCAGACGAAAUUGAAUAGCAAUCCAUUAGUGAUCAAUGCUAUUGAAAUUAAAGUGAUGUUGCUCUUGAACAUCUACUAUGAAUACUUUUGCACAAAUAAAAUUGACUUACUAGAUCAAUUAUUGGCUGCAAUUGACAAUACGUUACAGCCGUGUGAAGAGGAGCGACGGAUAUUUCGUAUUUUCCUUCAACCGGAACAAUAUGUGAUUGGUUAUGUUAAAGAUGAUAAUCAUUUAGAUAGCAAUUGUCUCAACGAUCUCUUUCGACCCGAUUGUAUUGAAAAUGAUGAAUUAUCUAUUCGUCAUUUGUUAGUCAACCUGUUAGCAAUGAUCAUGCUAGGUGGAAAAGAAAACUUUCUUUGGACAUUCGCAUUUUCACCAUUAACAUUACAAGGAACAUUUGGCUUCGGGUCGACUCGUCAUGAAAUUAUUCUCGCUAAUGGCGUCCAUUAUGACUGCGGAUGCCUUCUUACUGAACAAGGAGAAUUAAUUCAUUUUGCGUCUGGCGGACGUAAUGGAAGCCCAUUUAGUGUUCCAGCUGUGUACAUUGCCUACUUUGCUACUUACGGUGCCAUGGCAUGGCAUUUACUCUUAUAUGAAGAAUCGGUAUCGAAUCUCUAUGGUCCUAUCUUAGCUAAGCAUGCCAUCGAUACAGUAGAUACUGUAGGACGUAUCGCUGGCAAUAGUAUGCGAGCGAAAGUGUGUCAUUUUGUUCGUACGCGAUAUCUAUCAACAUAUCAUCAUCUUUCGAUGCAAUUGAACGAAGAUAAUGCAUCAAUCUUAUUCAAUCGUUGCUUCGAGUUAUUCGCACAAGCUACCCGUCAAAUCGAUCAACAUGCAUGGAUCAAACCAGUAUAUAGGACAUUUCAAGAGAAAUACAAUGCUGAACAAGAAUACCAAAAUACAAUCUUCUAUCCAAUGAAGCAACAAUUGGCUGAACAUCGAAAGAUUAUCGAUACUAUUCAAGCACGAUCUCUACUGCAAACCAAUUUAUAUGACUAUGUGGCUCGAAUGCCUAUUCUUGUCGAUGUUGUUCACUUCAAAACUGAACUUUGCAGUCCGAAAGCGUCUCAACUACCCUUGACAAUACUACGCCGGUUACUGGCAUCAUUAGAAUUCGUUCAAAUGACGCGAUAUGUCUAUGACUUAUGUCAAUUAUAUGUCCUUUUACAUCGUACUUAUGCACAAUUGAUCGAUCCAGACGAAUUUUUGACAUUUACGUUGAAGGAAUUGUAUGCACGUGCUCAUCAGAACGUCAAUGCUGUUCAUCAAGAACAGAAUUUGAAAAUUAUUCAAAAUGGAAUCGAAGCAUUCAAUUCCUAUCAUCGUUUUGCUGACGGGUUGAUUCAACCUGGUGCUUGUGAUCAAACUCAACGUUUUGAACCGAUUUCGUUUGAUACAUUCGUCAGUUAUCUUGUUGAAACAGGUAAAAUUGAUGAAGGAAAUAUGAUCAUGAGAAUAUUAAGUAUUCUUGUCGAUUAUCAUAAUGAUAUCUUGAAAUUACUCAAUAACGAAAUCAAAGAAAAUGAGAAUCUGCUUGGCUUAGGUUCACUGAAAGAUACGAUCAUUGAAUUAACCGAGAGAGAAAUUUCUGUUCUUCAGAUUACCGAAGAAAAUAUGGGUGUAAUCACAUUGAAUAGAGCAGAUUGUCAAUGGAUCGAACAAUUAACUCGUGCGAGUUUAGAAAAUGAAAAAGAUUACUUUCCGCAGUCAAACACGCAAUUGGAUUUUAAUUUUCUCUACGUUCAAUCAUAUUUAAUUCGAACCUAUCUCCUCUACUGUCGUAUUAAUUAUGAACACAUUCAGAACAAAUAUCAGUUAUUUGUACGGCAAAGAUCACUUCCUGUCACUACUGUGGAACUGAUCAAUAAUGAAACGGACGAAGACGAAGAGCCUUUCAUUGUCGAAGAAUGGAUCCAUUUGGAACAAAGAACUUUCGAUCAACUUCAAACGGAAUCAGAUCUCCUUCAACAAAUUUUGGAAAUAUUGAAAACAUCAGAGAAAAACUAUUCAUCGAUGAAGAUAGCCGAUUUUGUCCGACUGGAAGAGUACCAGCAUCGGUUCGCUCAGCUAUUUCAACAAUGUCGAAUGAAAGAUUUUCCUCUCUCUCACAUUUCGAAUGUUCUUCACCUGUAUCAACAAACAAUCAAUCAAUUUCAAUAUGCUCUAAUGAAUGUUUCCCAAUUACUUCGUGUCCCAAUCGAGAAGACACUUAGUGAUACGCUUAAUCAUUUAUUGGUCUCUUCGUUCGUUUCGUCCGAGAGUACGACGAACAAAGACGAUUUUCAAGCGAAAAUGAAACUCAUCACUGAUUUCUUGAAUGACACUAUACUUGUAGAAAAUUUGCUGGCUGAUCAAUAUAGUCGACCAUUGGUGGAAACCUGUGCAAUCUUGGCUAUUGAAAAUUCGAUCUUAGCAUUCAUUCCAAAUGAGAUCAAAUGUGAAAACUAUCUGCCAUUAUGUAUGAAAUUGAUUGAAGUUCGAUCCCAAAUACAAGAACAAGCAAUUAAUACCGAAGAGAAGAAAGCCGUUUUAUGGAGUAUUCGCGUAGACGUUCAAAAUGAUGAAUUGCAAAGCGCGAAUGUAUUUGAUGUAUUUCGUAACAAAGAUCAAGUAAUAUUAGAAGAGCAAAAUGACACCAUUCUAAUGGGUGAGUCAGAAAGGGAUCUAACGCAUAUCAUACCACAAUUAAUUGGUGAUGGAAAUUCCGGGCUCAUCUUUCCGGAAAUAAAAGAUCCAUUUGAUCUGCCGACGACAGAUGUAAUUGUCAAUGAAGAAACGGCAGUUGUCACAAAUGUAACGACUGUAUCACUGCCUAUUAGCACUGAUACGAAUACGUACACGAGUGCGGCCAAAUUAAGAAUCAAUUCGAAAUUGUUCGAAUCGUCGGAACUUUUCGAAAUGAGUCUAAAGCAAGCUGAAAAGAGAUCGAAAGAAAAUGAGCCGAAAUUCGAAAUUACACAUCUCGAUGGUAAGACUAAGAAGACGUGGCGAUGUAAAUCUGAACAUUUCUAUGGGCAAUUGAAAGACAUUUUCGCAAAACAAAAAUACGAUUUCGAAACUGUAGCUGUGAUCGAUUCUCACGACAUAUUUGUGAAUUUUCAAGCAGAAAACGUGAAUGUUGACUCGGUUAGAAUCCAAACUCAAUACCGUGUUCUGGAACGAUCAUCAUUGAUUUCUGUUAAUGUCAAAUACGGCGAGAAAGAAUUGACAUAUUUCAUUACAAUGGAAGGAAAACUGUCUUCAGUUCUAAGUUACUUUAUUCUUGAUCUAAAAUCAAUUUUUUUAACAUCCAAGAAUCCUUUUAUAGUCUUCGAUGAACUUGGACGAUGUCUAAUGGAGGAUAGAUUAAUCAGUGAACUCUAUCGAUCUGACGAAAAUACACCAGUUCAAAUCCACGUUGUUCAAUGUAACGAACAAACGAAUUUCUGUUGUCAGGUAACAUUUAUAGAAAAUACCGAAGAUAGCCAAAGUGAAUGUUUUAUGCCCACGACUCUUUGGAAACAGAUGAAUCUGUGGUUGAAAUCUCAAAACAUUCUUGCUGAGAAUGCCAAGGAGAAUUACUGCUUCUGGUAUAUCGAACAACAGUGUAUGAUCGACAACAAUCAAAGUCUUAGUUCAGUAUUGAAUCAAGUUGAGUCGAUUACUGUCGAUGUGAUCGAUGAUACAGAUUUUGUUGAUGUUA